AUGAGCAACUUUGAAAUUGAUAACAAUUGCACUCUUUAUAUAUGUACAGAUAAUUGUGAGGUUCCAACAAACAAUGAUAUUCAAAAGAAGUUAGAGAAUCAAAAUGUCGAAAAGAAAAUUGAAGGAAUGGAGAAUUUAAUAUUUAAUAUAAUCCAAGGAGUAUCAUAUGAGAAUUUAUUAAUGUGUGUUAUUAGAUAUAUUGUUCCUCAUAAAGAUCAUAGAUUAAAAAAGAUGUGUCAUAUAUUUUUUGAAAUAGUUGAUAAAUGUAAUUCAGAUGGUAGUUUAAAAGAAGAAAUGAUACUUGUAUGUAAUGCUUUAAGAAAUGAUAUUAUAUCUCCUAAUGAAUAUGUUCGAGGUUCCACAUUAAGGUUAUUAAGUAAAAUAAAAUAUUUGAAAAUAUUAGAUCCAUUAAUAGAAACUAUUACAAAGAAUUUAAGUCAUAGACAUAGUUAUGUUAGAAAAAAUGCUAUCACAUGUAUACAUACAAUUAUUAAAGAUCAUGGAAUCGAUAUUAUUCCUAAUGCAGUUAAAGAAGUGGAAAAAAUUUUAUUCUUAGAAAGUGAUAUAUCUACUAAGCGUAGUGCAUUGGCUAUGCUAACUGAUAUUGAUCCUUUAACAACUCUUAAAUAUAUUCUAUCAUUAAAUGAUCAAUUAUAUGAUACAGCUGAUGUUAUUUUAUUAGAAGUUAUUCAUUUAUUUAAAAAGUUAUAUAUUCCUCAUGUUUUUGAUGACUCUUAUUUGAUAAUAAAUGAUGAAGAUAAAGACGACGACGACGAGGAAGAAGAAGAGGACGACAAAGAGGAUGAAGAUAAUAAUAAUAUAAAUAAUAUAAAUAAUAUAAAUAAUAUUACGUCCAGUGAAAGGUAUUUACAAAAUAAAAAAAUAAAUGAUACAUAUAAAUAUCUACCCAAUAAUAAUAAUAUAUAUCAUAAAAAUGAAUAUAAAGAAAUAGAUGAUGAAUUAAAUUUAUUAAGUGAAGAUAUAAAUUUUAAAAAGAAAAAAUUAAAGGAUAAUAAUUAUAAUCAAUAUAAAAAUCAUGUAAUUAGAAUAUUGUUAAAUAUGCUUAAUAAAAAUGUUAGUUAUAGUGUAUUAUAUGAAGGUGCAUGCUGUUUAUUAUAUAUGAGUACAUCUGCUUUAAGCAUAAAAACAGCUACUGAAUGUUUUAUUAAAUUAUUAAUAAAUCAACAUGAUAAUAAUAUUAAAUUAAUUGUUAUCGACAAAUUGUAUUAUAUAAUGUGUAAGUGGAAGAAUAUAUUAGAAAAUUAUGCGAUGGAUUUAUUAAGAGCUCUAAAUUUUCCUUCACGUGAUAUAAAAGUUAAGAUAUUAAAUUUAGUAUUGCAUGUAUUGACAAAAAGAAAUGUCCACUUAAUAUUAAAUGUCUUAAAAAAAGAAUUAUUAAAAUUGAAUGAUCAGAUAGUAUAUACAAAACAUAUAACAACAAAUAAUAAUAAUAAUACAAACAUGAAUGGGGCUAACAAUAAUGGAGCAACAAAUAACAGCAACAUCAAAGAUAAUAAUACUACUACUAAUAAUAAUAAUUAUAAUAGUAACAAUAAUAGUAACAAUAAUAAUAAUGUUGGAAAGAACAAUUUGUCAACUAAUUAUCAAGAAGUUACGAGUUAUAAAAAAAUUCUUAUAAAAUCUUUACAACAUAUUUGUAAUAUAUAUUCUAGUGAAUGCCUACAUAUUGUGGAUCUCCUACUUAUUUAUAUAAAUGAUGAUGAGAAAGAAAUAAAUUAUGAAGCUGCUAUUUGUAUACGUAAAUUAGUAAAGAAUAAUGAAUUUCAGAGUAAUAUUUUAGAAAAAAUUAUAGAUUCAAUAUUUGAUAUUAAAAAAGCUACAAUUCUAAGAAUUUUUUUUUGGGCUAUAGGGCAAUAUAUGCAUGAUGAAAAUAUGAUUAUAAAUUUUAUGAAUAAAUUAUAUGAAAAUUUAUCUCCUUUAUUAAAUAACAGUUUAGAAAGUGAUAUGAUAAAUAAAAUACAAAAUGAAAGAUUUAAAAAAAAUGGAAAUCUUAAUUUUAAUUUAUCUAAUUCAAAUAUACAAACUAAAACAGUCAUAUUAGAAGAUGGUACUUAUGCAACUGAAGCCUUUUUAAAAAAUCAAAAUAUUUCUAAUAAAACUAAUGAUAAAAAUAAAGAAAAUACAUUUCUAUAUAAUAUAUUAUAUGAAAAUGAUGAUUUACUUUUGUCAGUUAUUUGUGUUUGUUUAACAAAAUUAUAUUUAAAAUUAUUAUCAAAGUUUAACGAUUCUUUUGAUUUUAUUUGGAAUCAUCAUGAAAUGGUAUGCUCAAAAGGAGACAAAGAAAAGGAGGAUCUAAUAAUAAGAAAUGAAAAUAAUUCUAAUGAUAAUAUUAGUGGUAAUCUUAGUGGUAAUAUUAGUGGUAAUCUUAGUGGUAAUCUUAGUGGUGGUAAUCUUAGUGGUGAUAAUCUUAUGAAUAAUUCAUUAGAUGGAGAACCAUCUGUUGUGUCAAAGGAUCAAAAUGUCCUGUCAAAUAAUUCAAAUAACAAUAUAACAGUAGAUAAUAUUAACGAAUAUAGAAAUAAGUGUAUUUAUAUUUUGGCUAGUAUUAUAAAAUAUAUAGGAGAAAAGAAUUCAAAACCUGAUACUAAUAUAUAUGAAUAUGAUAGUAACGUUAUAAGAAUAAAUCAAUGCUUGAAAAUUUUUUUUUAUUUGACAAGUAACAAAAAAGAAUUAGACGAACAAAAUAAAAAGUUGAUAAAAAUAUUUAUAGAUGGAGAUUAUUAUUAUCACAAAUUUUUAGAAAAGGAAGAAGAGAAGUAUUGUAGUAUAUAUGGUUCGAAUUAUAAGUAUAUGAAAAGAACAAACAUUAACACAUAUAAUGUUAAUGGUGAUAAAAAUGUUAAUGGAGAUAAAAAUGUUAGUGGUGAUAAAAAUGUUAAUGUAGAUAAAAAUAUUGAUGCAGAUAAAAACAUUAGUGGUGAUAAAAAUAUAUUUGAGAAAAGCCCAUAUGUAAGUAAUGAUUUAUUUUUUAAUGAUCAAGGAGAAAAAGCUAACGUAGAUGAUGAUAUAUAUUUUAGAGUAUUAAAAGAAAAAAAAAAUAUAUUAAAUAUGUUAGAUGAAGAAACAUCAUCUGUAUGUGUAAAUGAAAAUUUAGAAAAAUUAAAAUUAAAAUAUACAUUAAAUAAUGAUAUGUUAUUUGAAGAAAAUGAAUUUCAAUAUCCAUCUAUAAAAUAUAAUUAUUCAUCAUUAUUUCUAGCCAAGUUAUAUAAUUCUCAAAUAUUAACAGGUACAGAUGAUGAUAUUUUUAUAGAAGCAUUACCAAUUAUAUCAAACGUUAAUUUAAUAAUAGAAAUUUAUGUAUAUAAUCAAUCUAAUGUUUAUUUACAAAAUAUUUAUAUAAAUUUAUCAACACAUGGAAAUUUAAAACCUAUUGAUAAAAUACCAGAAUUUAAUUUAUCUCCUAAUGAAAAAAAAAAAUUUAAAAUAAGUGUAAAAGUACAUACAACAGAAGCAGGAAUUAUAUUCGGAUAUGUAUUCUAUGAAAGAAAAAAUGAUAAUCAAAAAAAUUAUAUUGUUUUAAAUGAAUUACAUAUAAAUAUGACUGAUUAUAUAAAUGCCUCUUUUAUAUCUUCACAUCUAUUUCGUAUUAUGUGGUCUGAAUUUGAGUGGGAAAAUAAAAUUAAUAUACACACAUCUAUAAGGGAUGCCUUUGAAUUACUCAAGCUAAUUAUAAAAAAUACAAAUAUGACCAUUGUUGAGAGAUUUAUGCCACUUGAAUAUUACGACAUGGAAAUAAAAAAUAAUGCCAACCAAAUAAAUAUAAGUCCAAUAGAUAUAUACAUUUCUUAUAUUUCAACCUUGGAAGAUUUAAAAUGUUUAGUUAAUAAUUCUGCAUUUUUUUCUGUUAAUUUAUUUUCAAGAAGUAUAUUUGGAGAGGAUUCGCUAGCUAACCUGUCUGUUCAAAAAAGUGCAGACGGAAAAUUGUCUGGUAGCAUAAGAGUGCGUAGCAGAACACAAGGUAUUGCUCUUAGUUUAGGAGAUAAAUUAACACUUCUUCAAACUGGAAUAAAUGGAGACAUGUAA